AUGCUACCUCUGGAACAGCUGUUCGCCCAGCAGGCCCAGGUAGCAUCAAUUCGUCCAAUUGUCUUGAUGUAUCAGGCCGAAUCGCAACAAAAAGAACUCCUUCAUGCACUUUUCGCGUCUAAGGCGCCAAGGUCGUAUGUUCGCCAGAUCCUGCGUGUGUUGCUGACUGCAAUAGAGUCAGCUGACAUUGCUGAUCCUGUCGAAGAGCUCAUCACCACAUAUGCAGGGUUGAUGGUUCCGAGCGAUUCCGAAGGCGAAAAAACAUCGAUUCGAUCUGACGAGAGCACACCUGUUUAUUACCGAUUUGGCCAGCACCUGUUGACGGUCAAUGAAAACAGACACACGCUCGUGCAGUUCGGCGGAACCGGCUACCGCACUUGGGAGGCUGCAUUAGCGUUGGGGGACUACUUUAUAUCAACCACCGCCGUCGAUCUGAAAAAUCAAAGAGUUCUUGAGCUGGGCGCGGGAACCGGGUUUGCCGGAAUGGUCACAGCAUCGCUCGGUUCACAUACCGUUUUAACAGACGGUGACCCAGCUGUUGUCGAGCGUUUGAACAAGACCAUUUCCUUCAACAACCUCACCGCAGACGUGCAGGAACUGUAUUGGGGACCUGAUGCUGCAGUUGACCAUUUCGCAAACAGUCUGGUUAUUGCAGCAGACGUAUUGUACGACGUGGAUAUAUUUCCUGCGUUUAUAUGUAUUUUGAGACGUCUGUUGUCGGUCAAUUGUGAGGCAAUCAUUGCAACCACGGUCAGAAACGAAGACACUUUUGGCGAGUUUCUCGCGCAGGCCGCUGCACAAGAAAUUGUCGUUCAGCCAUUGGCCACUUAUGAUCCCUCAGACGAGCCCUCAGAGUUCUUCUGGUUCGCUCCCGGUCCGCGAAUUGAGAUCUUGAGGCUGGGUUUGUAG